UCAUGAUGACUGUUUUAUUCUAGUUGUUGAACAUGUACAGCCAUGUCGAAGGAAAAGUUCUAUUUCUCACCUCUCAUAAAGAAUGGCAUUUUAAAGGUGAAUUUUAAUGUCAUUCAUCUAAUAAAUAUUUGUUGCAUGCAAUAAGCACAAUGUUAUUCAUAUAUUCAUAGUAAAGUAAUAGGGAGAAAGGAAGUACGGAAUAUCCUGAGGAUAUCAGCUGUCAUCAGAGAUGUAACAAGCUGGGUCUCAGAGCACAAGUUUGCCAAUUGAUUAAAAAGGAAAAAAAAUGAGGCAUCGUAGAUAGAAUCAUAGGUCCAGAAGAACAGAAUUAGAAAUAGCUACCACUGAAUGAACAUUUCCUCUAUGCAUAGACUUUUAUCCUCACCACACCUAUGGAGAUAGAAGUUAUUAUCCCCAUGCAGACAGGGGUAUGCCAAAAUCACAAAACUCGUGAGUGGCAGCGCCACGUUUGAAACUGGGGUUGUCUGAUUUCAAAGCCAAGGCUCUGGGUUCACAGAAGUACAUGUACUUAAGAGGUGUGAAGCAACAUGGGACUACUGGAAGAAGGAGGCGGUGAGCCACGAGGCUGGAAAUGCAGGCACCUGCUCUCGCUCACUUGACCAUAGAGCAACUUGGGCAAAGAACGGGUGGGCUGACAUUGGAGUAUGGAACAAACGCAUGAUUUCAAAUAAGCAUGUGUGUAUCCAUCCCAGUUCUGUCCGCUGAAAAGGCCUAGAAGCAAUAACACACCAAGCCCUGUCGAAUGGUGGGGUCCGCCAGGACCUCCAGGCUUGCUCCCCGCCCUACCCGCCAGCUUCUCCGCCACAUUCCACUGCCGCAGCAGAACCGGUGUCCUUCACCUGCCUGCGUCUUCUGCAGUUCGUUAAGCGGCGCCCUUAGCUCCUGUGACACUUUAGGGAGAAAGCCGCAGCACCGGCGAUGUUGGCCGCCAUUAAGGCCCGGCAAAGCGCCCGGAACUAGAAGCGGCGAAGAACCCGGGUGGGCAGCGACCGUGACAGCCGAGCCGGAAGCGGAGCUGCGGGAGGGGCCUCGACGCUCCUCCAUCUUUUAUUGGAGCUCACCGCUGCCAGUCGCGCUGCCUGCCCGUCCCACCCUUUUCGUGCAGGCAUUCAGCUAAAUGACGGGCGGAGCCUGGCGGCAGCUUCCGGUCGGGGGAAAAAAGUUGGGCCGAAGGAGGGGCCGGGAAGACGCAGGAGGAAGAAAAGAAAACGUCCGGGCGGCGGUGGCUGUAGGUUGUGCGGCUGCAGCGGCUCUUCCCUGGGCGGACGAUGGACAGCCAGGGCAGGAAGGUGGUGGUGUGCGACAACGGCACCGGGUUUGUGAAGUGUGGAUAUGCAGGCUCUAACUUUCCAGAACACAUCUUCCCAGCUUUGGUUGGAAGACCUAUUAUCAGAUCAACCACCAAAGUGGGAAACAUUGAAAUCAAGAAUAACAAAAAGAUGGAUCUUAUGGUUGGUGAUGAGGCAAGUGAAUUACGAUCAAUGUUAGAAGUUAACUACCCUAUGGAAAAUGGCAUAGUACGAAAUUGGGAUGACAUGAAACACCUGUGGGACUACACAUUUGGACCAGAGAAACUUAAUAUAGAUACCAGAAACUGUAAAAUCUUACUCACAGAACCUCCUAUGAACCCAACCAAAAACAGAGAGAAGAUUGUAGAGGUAAUGUUUGAAACUUACCAGUUUUCCGGUGUAUAUGUAGCCAUCCAGGCAGUUCUGACUUUGUACGCUCAAGGUUUAUUGACUGGUGUAGUGGUAGACUCUGGAGAUGGUGUGACUCACAUUUGCCCAGUAUAUGAAGGCUUUUCUCUCCCUCAUCUUACCAGGAGACUGGAUAUUGCUGGGAGGGAUAUAACUAGAUAUCUUAUCAAGCUACUUCUGUUGCGAGGAUACGCCUUCAACCACUCUGCUGAUUUUGAAACGGUUCGCAUGAUUAAAGAAAAACUGUGUUACGUGGGAUAUAAUAUUGAGCAAGAGCAGAAACUGGCCUUAGAAACCACAGUAUUAGUUGAAUCUUAUACACUCCCAGAUGGACGUAUCAUCAAAGUUGGGGGAGAGAGAUUUGAAGCACCAGAAGCUUUAUUUCAGCCUCACUUGAUCAAUGUUGAAGGAGUUGGUGUUGCUGAAUUGCUUUUUAACACAAUUCAGGCGGCUGACAUUGAUACCAGAUCUGAAUUCUACAAACACAUUGUGCUUUCUGGAGGGUCUACUAUGUAUCCUGGCCUGCCAUCACGGUUGGAACGAGAACUUAAACAGCUUUACUUAGAACGAGUUUUGAAGGGUGAUGUGGAAAAACUUUCUAAAUUUAAGAUCCGCAUUGAAGACCCACCCCGCAGAAAGCACAUGGUAUUCCUGGGUGGUGCAGUUCUAGCGGAUAUCAUGAAAGACAAAGACAACUUUUGGAUGACCCGACAAGAGUACCAAGAAAAGGGUGUCCGUGUGCUAGAGAAACUUGGUGUGACUGUUCGAUAAACUCCAAAGCUUGUUCCCAUCAUACCCGUAAUGCUUUCUUUUUUCCUUUAUUGCCAAUCUUUGAACUCAUUCAACUCCAGGACAUGGAAGAGGCCUCUCUCUGCCCUUUGACUGGAAAGGUCAAGUUUUAUUCUGGUGUCUUGGGGAAGCUUUGUUAAAUUUUUGUUAAUGUGGGUAAAUCUGAGUUUAAUUCAACUGCUUCCCUACAUAGACUAGAGGGCUAAGGAUUCUGUCUGCUGCUUUGUUUCUUCUAAGUAGGCAUUUAGAUCAUUCCUGUAGGCUUCCUAUUUUCACUUUACUGCUCUAAUGCUGCUAGUCGUAGUCUUUAGCACACUAGGUGGUAUGCCUUUAUUAGCAUAAAACAAAACUUUAACAGGAGCUUUUACAUAUUACUGGGAUGGGGGGUGGUUCGGGAUGGGUGGGCAGCUGCUGAACCCUUUAGGGCAUUUCCUCUGUAAUGUGGCGCUUUCAACUGUACUGCUGCAGCUUUAAGUACCUUAAAGCUUCUCCUGUGAACUUCUUAGGGAAAUGUUAGGUUCAGAACUAAAGUGUUUUGCGUGGGUUUUGUUGCGGGGGGGAGGGUAACAAUGGGUGGUCUUCUGAUUUUUAUUUUUGAGGUUUUUUCAACUGGAGUACGUAGAGGAACUUUAUUUACAGUACUUUGAUUUGGCAGGUUUUCUUCUACUUGUGCUCUGCCUGGAGCUGUUUCCAUAUGAUAUAAAAAGCAAGUGUAGUAUUCCAUUACUAUGUGGCUUAGGGAUUUGUUUGUUUUUUAAAAUCAACCAUGUUAGCUGGGAUUAGACUCCCUACAGUCCUUCAAUGGAAAAGUAACAUUUAAAAAUCCUUUGGGUAAUUCAAAUUACAGAUUUAAAAGUGCUUAAGAUCUGGUGUUUUGUUAAUGCUUCUGUUUAUUUCAGAAGCAUUAAGGUAACCCAUUGCCAAGUAUCAUUCUUGCAAAUUAUUCUUUUAUAUAACUGACCAGUGCUUAAUAAAACAAGCAGGUACUUACAAAUAAUUACUGGCAGUAGGUUAUAAUUGGUGGUUUAAAAAUAACAUUGGAAUACAGGACUUGUUGCCAAUUGGGUAAUUUUCAUUAGUUGUUUUGUUUGUUUGUUUUGAUUUGAAACCUGGAAAUACAGUAAAAUUUGACUGUUUAAAAUGUUGGCCAAAAAAAUCAAGAUUUAAUUUUUUUAUUUGUACUGAAAAACUAAUCAUAACUGUUAAUUCUCAGCCAUCUUUGAAGCUUGAAAGAAGAGUCUUUGGUAUUUUGUAAACGUUAGCAGACUUUCCUGCCAGGGUCAGAAAAUCCUAUUGAUGAAUCCUGUCGGUAUUCCUUGGUAUCUGAAAAAAAUACCAAAUAGUACCAUACAUGAGUUAUUUCUAAGUUUGAAAAAUAAAAAGAAAUUGCAUCACACUAAUUACAAAAUACAAGUUCUGGAAAAAAUAUUUUUCUUCAUUUUAAAACUUUUUUUUAACUAAUAAUGGCUUUGAAAGAAGAGGCUUAAUUUGGGGGUGGUAACUAAAAUCAAAAGAAAUGAUUGACUUGAGGGUCUCUGUUUGGUAAGAAUGCAUCAUUAGCUUAAAUAAGCAGCAGAAGGUUAGUUUUAAUUAUGUAGCUUCUGUUAAUAUUAAGUGUUUUUUGUCUGUUUUACCUCAAUUUGAACAGAUAAGUUUGCCUGCAUGCUGGACAUGCCUCAGAACCAUGAAUAGCCCGUACUAGAUCUUGGGAACAUGGAUCUUAGAGUCACUUUGGAAUAAGUUCUUAUAUAAAUAUCCCCAGCCUUUUGAGAACGGGGCUUGUUAAAGGACGCGUAUGUAGGGCCAGUACCUACUGGCAGUUGGGUUCAGGGAAAUGGGAUUGACUUGGCCUUCAGGCUCCUUUGGUCAUAAUUUUAAAAUAUGGGAGUAGAAAACAACAAAGAAUGGAAUGGACUCUUAAAACAAUGAAAGAGCAUUUAUCGUUUGUCCCUUGAAUGUAGAAUUUGUUUUUGAUUUCAUAAUUCUGCUGGUAAAUGUGACGGUUAAAAUGGUGUAUUAUGUAUAUAUAUUAUAAUUUAGAAAUACCAUUUUAUAAUUUUACUAUUCCAAGGUGACAUAAUGCAUUUAAAUUUGGGAUUUGGGUGGAGUAUUAUGUUUAACUGGAGUUGUCAAGUAUGAGUCCCUCAGGAAAAAAAAAAAUUCUGUUUUAAAAAGCAAUCUGAUUCUUAGCUCUUGAAACUAUUGCUACUUAAAUUUCCAAUAAUUAAAAAUUAAAAAUUUUUAAAUUAGAAUUGCCAAUACUUCUACAUUUGAGAAGGGUUUUUUUAGAAAUACAUUUAGUAAAGUCCCCAAGACAUUAGUCUUACAUUUAAACUUUUUUCUUUAAAACAUGGUUUUGGUGGUUAACUUUUACACAGUUCUGAGUACUGUUAAUAUCUGGAAAGUAUCUUGAGAUACCAGUGGAAAGCUAAACAGUCUAAAUUAACAUGAAAUACUUCAUUUUGAUUGAGAAAAUAAAAUUAGAUUUUUUCAAAGUCAA